AUGUACACGACCUCGGACAGCGAAGAAAGAACAGGACCAUUUCACUCGUCCGAAUUAGAAGAAGGGAAAUGGUAUGACAAACAUUUACCAAUGGCCAACCCCAACAAAGAAGAAUCGAUGGAAGAGGAGGAAGACACUGGAGUCCAAGAGAUGUGGGAAAACGGCUUCAUUGCAGUGGCCAACGGAGAAUGGAUGAACAAACAACAAUUCAACUCAGCCAUCCAAGACUAUCCUGACCUGAUGUUCAAUCGCGACAUCCCAAUCCAGUUUGGUAGGAUGGCCAAUCAGAUGAAGACCCAACCAGCCCACACCCAAAUCCAAAGAGCGGUCAGUGGCCUGUCUAGACCCAAACCACCAGCCCACGCCAGAGCCGACAGAUCAUCUGAGCCUCAACUAGCUUCUUCCAUCCAGCCUGAAUCCACCGGAAUCCCAAAACCGCAGGAAACGCAGGAAACAAAAGAUCCCCUGAAUGACGUUGAACCUCCAGCCAAAAUAUAUCCAGAAUCGUUGGCCCAUGUCACCCCACACCCCAGCCGAAAACUCUCUCGAAUGCCUUCAACUACCACAACCAUUGGAGCCGCCCUGGGUAUCCCCAGCCUUGCCAAGGCAUCACUCGAAGAGAUGAAAGACAUGCAUUCCAUAUGGAGCCGAACCAGGGAUCACCUGUGCAAAUCAAUGGAAGAAUUGAGAAUCGGUGGACACCACAUCAAGACCCCUAGCGCUUAUGAUAAUCUGGCUUCCCACAAUAGUCUGGUCGACAUCUUUUGCAGGCGGUUACAAGGGAGAAUCCAGGACGCAGAAAAAUCCGGAAUCUCCAAGGAAAUCGAGGUUGUCGACUUGAUUGACUUGACCGGAGACGAUAACGACUAUCCUAACAGCUGCUUAGGUGAGCGACGACUCAAGCGUGCUAGUCGCCUGUCUGAUAUCGAAGACGAAGACGAAAGCCCUGUCCAGACCAAGAGGGCACGAAAUUCAUCCCAACAGAUUAUCUUGUCGGAGUUUACAUCCAAUGACGGACCACCCAAGAUCAUUACCUCCAAGCCACCCCAAGACAACAACCAAUCUGAAGCAGCUAGCCAUCCGAAGACCACCGAAUUCACUGUCUUGUAUCAAAACCCGCGGCCAGAAACCCGACCGGAACCACCUCGACCUAUGACCAGAUCAUCCACAAGAAGCCAAAACACCAAGUCAUCCAAGGAUGUUCAACCUCCAAAAGAAAAGUCCAUCUCUACAAAAGAACCAUCUGCCCUGCCAAACGAACCGUCUCCCCUGCCAAACGAACCAUCGACCGAGUCAAAAGAAGCCACAUCAACCAAGGGGAAAAAAAAGGCAGGAGGAAGAAAGAACAAGAAACAAGAGGAAACUCCAGAGGCUCGAAAACAAAACCAGGAGGAAAGAAAAAGAAAACGGGAAGAAAAGAAAAAAAGUCCUUACAAUGAUCCCCCUCAACCAGGGACAUUGUUAACCAAAAUCAGGAAGAAAUCGGAAAGCGUGAGGAUGCACAACCUCUACUCGACCAUGCUGGAAAUGUCUCGAAAUCCCCAAUGGGAUUAUGGCCCUGAAUUAAUGGAACUAGUUGCCGACAUGGUCCAAUGGUCAGCAGGUGACACAGAGUGCGACGAAUUUUACGAAAUGCCAGAAUUAUUCACCCCCUCAGUCGAGGCCAUCCAGGCGUUAGGAGUAGCUCAUGACCCAGAUUUCAGGCACUGCAUCAGUUCAAAGACACAUCCAAAACCGCAAUCACAGACCCCAGGUUACUGCAGCUGGGCGCUAGAGAUCCAUUCUUCAAGCGGGAAGUCUUCAACAUAG